GUUUGUGCAACGAGGCGUGCCAGCGCCCAGUAUUGAGUUACGAGCUAAAUCAUUUAAAAGAAUAAACAUUUUUUGCCUUGCCGUUAAAUAUAGAGCAAGAAAUUGUUGGCCGAAACUAAAGUCCAACAUACAUUUAAACGCUUCAACUACGACAGCCUCAGGGCAAUAAAUCUGUUUAAAUGCUGCCAUUUUCAAUUCGCAUUUCGUCAAAAUAAAGAAUUGAAUUGAAAAAAUACCAAAUAUACAAACAGAGAACAGUGCAAGUAAAUGAAAAGGCAUUAAACAAUUGCCAGCAAUUGUAUAUAAAAGCGCGUGCCAAAAACAAAUAACAAAAAAAAAAAACAAACCGAAUCAACAUGUCUUCGUAUCGCAGUUAUACGCCCUGGAAAACGAGCCUGGGCAGCAGCUACAAACCAGGCAGCUCAACGUACUCCUCGCGGGAUGAUAUUGCGGGCUCUUCACGUUACAGCUCGCUGGCCACCCCCAGCGCCUACAGACCAUCCUUUUCGGGUGGCACCUAUCGCAUCAAACGCGAACAACCGCCUGCCCCUGUGACCAGUUAUGUUAGUCGCUAUGGCAGCGCGAAAAGCGAUCCCAAGGACACAAGUUCCAGCGAUGUGCGAGACAAGAGCAGUCCCAUUAAACGCUAUGUGGGCGGCAGCAGCACUUUAGGCAAAUACGGCCGUUCCCGAGAUCCCAGUCCAGUGGCGCUGGAGCAUACGAACCGCAUAAAGAGCCGCGAGCCAAGUCCAGUGAGAAGCGGCCUGCGUGGCAAGUCGAGAGAUCCCAGUCCCGUAAUUGACUCUGGUCGUAAUAAGUUAGGGAGUGGGUCUUACCGGCUGGGGACCGUUGGGAGCUCAAGCAGUGGGAACAGCAGCACAUCCAGAAAUGGUUAUGGUAGUCGUUAUAGUGGAGCAGGCAGCAAUACACGCCUGAAUACUGCAAACCUGGACAAAUCUAUUUCGUACUUAACCACAAGUGAUUUCCAUGCGCGAAGUGCAAGUCGCGCUAGGGAGCUGGCCACACGGAAAUCAAAUGAAAAAGAGUUGGAGACAAAGGCAGCUGCCGAAGAAGUAACUGCCCCACCCAUUCUGAAUGUGAAUGGAGCGGCCGUUAGUGAGACAGAUAGCUCCGCGGAGGAGGAGCAGCCGUCAGGGGAGCAGGAGACUUUCAUCUCAGUAUCCGUUGUAACGCGAGCGACUUCUCCCACACCGCCAGGCAGUACGACGGUACAACGAACGCGGCGCAUCGAUCCGGCCAAGACCAUCGAAAAGACCAUACAACGUUCAACGAAGCCCCGUCAGAUGGCGACCAAAGAGAUACAAUCUGAUCGGUUAGACGAUUCGACGCGCUAUUUGCGUUACAGCGCCGGCAGCAGCGUCUCCUCCUACAGCUCCCACAGAGACCGCAUAAGCAGUCUGCGCUACAGCGCCAGUCCGCAGUCUGGCACGAACAGCAAUAAGUCCUCCAGCAUCGAACCCUCCAGGCAGCAGGAGACCCCGUCGAAGAGCCCAAGCAAUGGGCACUCGAGCACCUCCAAGUCCAGCAGUAAGUCCAAGCUAUCUCCACCCAAGGUUGUGCGCCUUAACUCGCGGCAAUCAUCGGUGGAGAAUCUGACCAACAAGCCGCCGGCACCACCUUCAAAAUCCGAAUCGCCCACAAAAACGACUAGCAGUUCCAAUAGCGCCAACAGCAAUGGUGUGGCCGGUGUGGUCAAAUGGCCUAACAAGGACUUCCGCAAGAGUUCUCUUAAUGUGGGGCCCACAGACCGACCGCGCAAGUCCCGUACGCCUAGCAGUAGCGGUGAAUCCGACAAUCCUCUGCAAUUGCCAGAUAAGGAAGCACCGACACAGCCCAAUCGUCUGGAGCGUUCACCCAGUGGCGGUUCCGAGGCGAGUAUCACAUCGGCUGGCUCCCUGGCCAGAAAAGGUGCCAAGGUCGCCAACGGUCGUUGCCAUGCCAAGGCGUCGCUAAGUCGCCAGAACAGCGGCGCACAACCGAAGGCGUCGCAUAAAUCAUGCGCGCCCGCUAAAGAACCAAACACUGCCAGCUCCUCUGCCUCCGUGUCCGCCUCCUCCUGCUCGGACAGUUCGAGCGAGCAGCAACGGACAAAGGCCGGCAAUAAGAAGCUUGCCAAGAAAAAGACGUCCAACUCCCACAAUACCAGCAGCAGUAGCAAUGGCAAAGAGGCGAAGGCCAAGCCGACAGGUGUGACUAUUGAUGAGCAGGAAUUGUCGCCAGAAUUGUCGUCGAAUCACGAAAAUAGACACAAUCAAAUAGCAGCGACUGACUCAUGCCCACAGGCCCAAGAGACGAAGCAGCAGCAGUCGCAGUCGCAGCAACAAUCUUCAAGACGAUUGCAGAAACUCUCGUCUGUAUCGAAUUUUUUCGCCACACGUCAGCAUGACGCAAAUAGUGAGCCAAUAUUCCUCGAAAGCUCCGAGAGCUCUGGCGAAUUGGAUGCCCUGCCGCCGUCUAGCAGUCUAACGACAGAUUUCAAAACGAACGCAACGAACUUUUCGACCAUCACGACAAAUACGUAUCAGCUAACGACAGCGAAUAUAAGCAAUACUGAGUUGGAUCCACCGUGUACGCCCAGAAGCAGCAGCCAAGUCAGCUCCAGUACGCAACAUCCGCGGGAUACAACGACCACAACAACUACAACCACUUCGGUUAACGGCAAAGGCUCAGAAUAUACAACCUCCUUCGCUGUGACCAGCAGCAACACAACCACCGAGGAACCUGAGCAGGAGGACGAGGAGCCUAGCUGGUGGCAAGACACAAGCUUACAAAUAAAUACGGCUUCCGCCUUAGAUUACAACAAUCGAGACGAAAUGCGCUUCAAGCUCAGACACAUAGACUCUGGGGAGCAGGCCUGGUGGUUGCGUCAGGAGCCUGGCGGUGACGAGGAUGACACGCUGGCAGAAGAGACACUGAACCAGCUGGACGAUGAGGCCGAUGACGCCGAUGCCACUGAAGCAGCCGACUAUAGUCGCAGUGCUUCGACCGGCGCCAAGUCGCAGCGGCAGAGCAGCAAAGCGGACUGGUGGAGCAGCGCGGGUGUCGACGAACAAGAAACGACAAAUGAAGCACAACGAAACGAUCUAAAUGGUAAGUGCAGUGAAGCGGAGAAGCAGGACGAGAGCUGGCAGGCAAAGCAAAUGCCACGCAGUCGCAUCUCGCCGGAGCACGAUGCCUGGUGGCUGGACGAAGAGGAGAAGCCCCAGCAGCAGUCGACGUCCCACAAUAAGGAGAAUGUGCCACAGCCCUCAAAUGGCGUCAGCUGGUGGACUACGGAGGAUGAGAACAACAAUGAACCGCAUGUGGAGGCGACCAUAAAGCUGCCCAGCAAGCAGCCCGCACCACUGGAACGCUCGCCAAGCAGCCACAAGAAAAGUGCCAGCAGCAGCGAUAGCAGCAAGCAUUGGUGGCUCUCCGGUCCGUCCAAGAAACAGUUCAAUGUGCAGCGUGUGGAGUCUGGGGAGCGUGCCUGGUGGCAAGAGGAGCCUGCACCACCGGCACCAUCGACACCACACUGGGAGUCAGGGGAGCGUGCCUGGUGGCUCAACGACGAUGACGCUGAGAAUGAGCCACCGCAGCAAAAGAGUCACGACAACUCAUCGAUGAAGCUUCUAGAACGGGAUCAAGUUGAUUUUCAAAAUGGCUGCCAGCAUGAUGCGGAAGUGCAGCAAAUAAAUCAACAUGCCAAUAAGAAAUCGGUGCCAAUUGGCAACGAUACCGUUAACAAUGCCGCUGCCUGCGAGCUAAGCAGCUCCUUCAAUUUCACCUUUGCCGUACGUCCGCCCCCACUCGGCCAGUGCGCCAGCCCCAUAGCGGUGGAUGCACCACCCACACCACCGCCACGUAAUCAGUCCAAAUCACCCUACGACAACAUUCCAAUGUCAAAAGUUCAAGUGGCAACAGCAACAACAACAGUGGCGCAAGCAUUGCCCGCAUCUCCAUCAUCGCCACCCACUUCUCAACGCUACUCGCCAAAUGCACGACGCGCCUCAACCGCUGCGAACGGUGGCAAGCUUUUCAUUUCGCGGCAUCAAAACAUUGACGAGCUUUUGGGUGGCGCAUGCCGCCCACUCAGUCCGCUCUUCUACGGCCACAACGAUAACCAGACGCCGCUCGCCAGCAAAAAUAUGUUUCUGCUCGAAGAGAUAACGCCGGAUCAGGUGCGCAUUCACGACAGCACCGCACAGCUGCCGGUCAUACAACGCAUGCAGCGGUGA